GUCGCCUCCUUGAACAAGAAGCUCUGAAAGCCGUAAACUUCUAAGGUUCUUGGUCGUUCUUAACUGAUCUGUCAAGAUGUUUUCUGGUCAGUACAAGAUCCACAAGGAUAAGGGUGUGGAACCAACAGAGUUUGAAGAGCAAGUUACUCAGGCUCUCUUUGACUUGGAGAACACCAACCAGGAGUUGAAAAGCGAGUUGAAAGAUCUCUACAUUAACCAAGCAGUUCAUAUGGAUAUUUCUAGCAACCGCAAAGCUGUUGUCAUCUACGUUCCAUUCAGACUGAGGAAAGCUUUCCGCAAGAUUCAUCUCCGUCUUGUCAGAGAGCUUGAGAAGAAGUUCAGUGGAAAAGAUGUUAUCUUUGUUGCUACCAGAAGAAUCAUGCGUCCCCCAAAGAAAGGCUCAGCUGUUCAGAGACCACGCAACAGAACUCUUACUUCUGUCCAUGAAGCCAUGCUAGAGGAUGUCGCUUACCCUGCUGAGAUUGUAGGAAAACGAACCAGAUACCGUCUUGAUGGCACCAAGAUCACAAAGGUCUAUUUGGACACUAAGCAGAAGAACGACACUGAGUACAAGCUUGAGACAAUGGUGGGUGUGUACAGGAAACUUACAGGGAGAGAUGUAGUUUUCGAGUACCCAGUCAUAGAAGCUUGAAGAGACGAAUGUUUGUUUUAUUCUUUUUUGUCGGAUAGAGAGCUUUUGAUUCUGUUUGGGAGUAUAACUCUUUGAAAAAGAUUUUCUUGUUUCAUCAACUUCUCAAUCUUCUUCAAAGUUCUGUGACUUCUGUCUAACAAGACCCUUAUUUUUUCCUACUAGCAUUUCAUAGUUU